AUGGCGCCUCCUCUGGUUUGUGACAGUGAAUUUAAGAAAGACUCCGUGGACAUGAUUGUGUCCAUCCUUUUCUUCCUCCUCUUCAUCCCUGGCCUCAUCCUCAACGGAGUAGCAGCCUGGGUCUCUUUACGCCUGCGUUGCAAGACCACCUUCGUGGUUUACCUGAAGAACUUGGUGGCUGCUGAUUUGCUCAUGACCUUGACCCUGCCUCUGGAAGCCACGAGUGGUUUGCCAAGUGCUCCCGUCAUCUUAGAGGUGGUGUCUUGUAAAUAUUCUGCUGUGAUUUUCUACUUCAGCAUGUACAUGAGCGUUAUGCUGCUUGGCUUCAUCAGUCUGGACCGCUUUUUCAAGGUAGUCAGACCCAACGGCAGGUUUUUGUGUCAGAACCCGCUGUUUGGGAAAGCUGUGUCGGCAUCCAUUUGGAUGAUUUAUCUUUGUUUAGUCGUUGUACCCACAAUAAUACUCACUGAUCAAGAACACAAGGGUGUCAGGAAAGACUAUUGCAUGAAAAUGAAAAGCGAAGCGGGGCUGAGACUGCACAAAGGGGUGGUCCUGGGCAGCAUGAUUCUCUUCUGGGUUGUCUGUGCUGUUACCUGCUUCUGUUACACCUGCAUAGCCUGGAGGGUUUGGAGGUCAUAUAGGACCUCUGGGAGCAACAGCAGUAAGGUGUGCCAGAAAACAAAAGCUCGGGUAUUUGUAAUCCUGGCGGUUUUCUUGUUGUGCUACGCCCCCUACCAUGCCAUACGUGUCCCCUACACUCAAGUUCAAGUUAGAAUGGAGAACUGCAAAAUGUCGACAUUGUACAAGGCCAAGAAAUUAACCUUGUGGCUUUCCGCCACCAACGUGUGUCUGGAUCCACUCAUCUAUUUCUUCCUGUGUCGAGCUUUCAGGAAGAAACUGUAUAAAAUGUGCUCACUGGGGUCUCAGUCCACACCUUGA